AAAUAUGGGUGGAGAACCUGCUCCGGACUCCUGGAAGGGUAACCUCAAUGUGUCCUAUAAUAUCGGCCCUGGGUAUAAAGACAGCCAGUCGUCACAGUGAGUUCUGUCUGCCAAUUUCCUUUUUAUAUCUGACAUACUUAUUUAUAAAAUGUGUUCACCGGAAAAUACAUUAACAUUUCACUUUUGUUGUGUACAAUUAAGCUUAAGAAAAAAAGACUGUUCAUUAAACAGUGAAUUGUAAUGAAAUGAAACCCCAAUGGCCAAAUUUUAGCUAAAAUAGAAGAUGAUUUUUACCCCAAACCACAUAUUUUAUCAAAAGUUUACUAUUCUGUCUUCAAUUCGUUACUGCUGGUUUUUGACCAUAAAAAAUGUCUAAUUAUUGAGUGAAGUUUAAAUCUGCAAGCAGCAAGUCUAUAUUUAUCUGCUUCUUGAUAAAAGCACCAUUUAUCUUUUCAUGUAGGAAAAUCAAAAUGCACAUCCAGACUUACAAUGAAAUAAGAAGAGUUUAUAACGUGAUUGCUACCAUCAAAGGAGAAGUGGAGCCAGGUGACAAGUGACUUUGCUAGUCAUAACACUAAUAGUGACAACUGUACCAGUUCCCAUAAUGCUUUGCUGAAUAUGCAUAUGGACUUAACCUGAAAGCAUAGUUGAUAUGGAGAAUAUUUUGAAUUUGGCUAUUCUGGCAUACAAAAUAACACAUUCACUUUCAAUUUACUAUGAAUCCCUAUCCCAACAGAUUAAACUUUAGCAAUGUAUGACAGACAUAAUUGUAAAAUGUAAAUACACAGAAUAGUGUUCAAAAUAGAAAAGAAAAAAAAAACUACCACAAUAAUGAUCAUUAGUAAUCAUUCCUUCAUAUUUUUUAUUUGCGUAAGUGCCAAAAAUUAGUGCCUACAAAAAAAUCCAACAGAAAUAGAAUGUUCAAAGAGCUCAUUAGCAUGCAUUCUUAAUUGGCCCUUCUCCUGUCUUGUAUGCUGAUCCCAUAUGCUGGACCAUACCCUAAUCUAGUGCCUGCUCCUCCAUUCUAAGCUUCCACUGGAUUCUUCUCUUCCAUUCUCGUGUCAAACUUCUGCCCCAUCUCUUUAUUGGCCAAACUAUACGAUUUCUCUCCUCCUGGUUUGCCUUCAUAGAUCAUUCUCACAGCUACCUGGAUUUGAGAAUCUCCAAUUCCUUGACUCCAGUGAUAUUAUCUUCAGUUAAUGUAUUUUAUUUUAUGUUUGUCCUGUUCAGAAACAUGCUACCUGGCAGUCCUUCCCACUUGUAAGACUUUCUGGGCCUUAGUAAAAUAGACUGCAGUUUACCAAAUACGGAAUCCUAGCUCCUGACACUAAAGGCCAGAUUAUAAUAAAUGAGAUAAACGUAUCAAUGCAAUGUUUUGUGGACCCAGGACAUACUUGAAAAUGAGAGAAAUCUCAAUGUAUCCAUCCUGCUAAAAUAUUUUAUAAAUAAAUAAACCUAAUUGAAUAGCAUUUUCCCCAUAGAUGCCAAUAGAAAACUGCCAUUCAAUUAUAAGAGAUGAGCUUGUCUCAUCUAAUAGAAUCAUGAGAAGAUAAAUUGAUUGUGAUUAUAUUCUCUUUAAACUGUUCUAAAACACUUUACUUUUCUGUUACCAAUUCAAAAGUGUCGCAAUGUACUUACUGGAUUCUAGGAAUCAUUGACUUGCAUAAUUAAAAGAAGGGUAUAAAUAUAUGUUAAAAAGCUAUACAAAGAUUAGCAUUCAUUAAAAUAAUUAAUCUACUGUUGUUCUCAGACAGGUAUGUCAUUCUUGGUGGUCACAGGGAUUCCUGGGUUUUUGGUGCUAUUGAUCCUCAAAGUGGAGCAGCGGUAGUAAAUGAAAUUGUGAGGAGUGCUGGAAAAUUAAAAACACAAGGUAAAUGAAAUCUAGAAAUAUACAUGGUCUUCUUCCCUUUAAAAAGACACUCCAAUCUAUAUGAACCCCACAUAGAUCAUGGUGCAAAUUUCUACUGUCACUUUCUUCUUUUACUUAGAAAAACAUACAUUUUCAAAAUGUCCCUAAUUUAAAGAAACUCCACAGGGGACUUUUUUUUUUUUAAAUAAAUCAUUAUUUAGUAUUAAAACAUACAUGCAUUUAUUAAGGCAAGUAUGCAUUGGGGGUAUAUUUUAUAAAAUGGGAUACUCCUUAUCCAUAGAACAUUUCAGCAAGCUGCUCGUAGUGCAAGUGCUUUGUGGAUGUGGAGUGGUCCUUUAAUUACAUUAGAGAUUAUGACUCCCUCUGCCUAUCCAAAUACUAGUCAAGAGUGCAUUCCAUUUAGAUCUACAGCUCCAUUCAUAACUCCAUGGAGAUAUGCGUAAGAAGCGGUUAUAUUUAUUCUUUACGUUGAAUGGAACUGCUGCAGUUUCUUUAUGGAGUACACCAUGCUUGUAUAACAAAUCCAGUUUGGGGGAAGGGAAUACAGUGGGACCUCGGUUUACAAACGCCUCGGUUAACAUAAUUUUCGGUUUACAAAUAAAAAUCCAUUGAAAAUAAUGCCUCGGUUUACAAUUUGUUUUCACAAUACAAAGCAAGUUUCCCCAGGAUGCAUUGCACCUGGGAGGUUUAUAGCACCGCCCUAUGCAUGCUGGAGCCAGUGGGUAGCACGUGGUGUCGAGCGUGGAGGUGUUGGAGCGGCUUUUGCAUUAAGUUUUGGAGCCAUUCUGGAAAUUGUUUGCAGUUUGGGGACUUUUUGGUGCAUUUCUCAAGCUGUGGAAAGGUAGGGAGCUGAGCUUCGUUGUUUUCAUGCCUUUUAUUGUGUGUUCUGCAUUGUGGGUUGGUUUCCAUGCCAGCUGAUUUUGACUUUUUUCUGACCUCCAGAACGGAUUCAUUGGUUUUCAAUGCAUUCCUAUGGGAAACGGCGUUUCAGUUUACAAAUUUUUCGCAAUAAGAAACGUCCCAGAGAACGCAUUAAAUUCGUAAACCGAGGUCCCACUGUAUAUAAAAGUAUAUGUAUGCAGGAACUUUAAAAGUAUAUAUGUUUUUUUUUGUUUAUAUUUGUAUUUUUUGCGUUCUAUAAGACGUCAGAUUGCGGUUGGAAUGCACAUUUUUUAAAUCAAGAAGCCUCUAUGAAUCUAUACUGCUGGUCUUCUAAGAAAAUAUGCCUUUGGGGUAAAUUAAAAAGAAAUUGUCUUAUGAUGCUUGAGAUAAGCAAAUGACUAUACUGGUCAAUAGCAUAAAAUUUGAGGUUAUUAACAGUUAAAUGAAGUGGUCGAUGUAUUUAACAAAUUGUGAUGUUUCAUUUAGUAACAUAGUUGUCUAGGAUGAAAAAAAAAUACUGAAGUCUAAAAAGUUCAACCAUGAAGCCUAUUCGUUUAUGCUGUUGACCCCAAAAAAGGCAAAAAAUCGAAUUGCAGCAACUUGAAGUGAAAAAUUGAGUUUAGUUGUUGCAAUUUAUUUCCUAUUUAUUCAUUAACAUUAACAGUAUGUCCAUGAUAAAACUUCUCUGAAGGAUUUGGAUAAAUUGGAGGACUGGGCAGGCAAGUGGCAGAUGAGCUUCAAUGCAGAUAAAUGCAAAGUCGUGCAUUUUGCAAUAAGGAACCCACAAGCCACUUGUACAUUAAAUAUGGCUGCGGUAUGGAUAACAUUAAAUGAAAAGGACCUGGGAACAAUUAUAGAUCCCAAACUAGACAACAGUAUGCAAUGUCGGUAUACUGUUGCAAAAGGUAGUAAUCUGCUUUAGUCUAGAAAAAAGGGGUUUGAUUCAAGAGAUCAAAAUAUAGUUUUGCGUCUUUACAAAUCAAUGGUAAAACUCCACCUUGAUAAAUAUGUGAUGCAAGUUUGGGCACCAGUUUUAAAGAAGGAUACUGCAGAAAUAGAAAAGUGCAGAGGUGGGCUACAAAAUUAAUAAGGAGGAUGGAAAACAUUAGUUAUGAAGAAUGGUUAGAAAAACUGCAUUGGUAUUCUUUAGAACAAAGGCACCUUAGAGUGGAUAUGAUUGCACGUCACAAAAAUAUAUACAGGGUCAGUACAUACUGUUAUGACCUAAGCUGUUAAUUAGCAGGCAUAUACAACAGACAAGAAGUCACCCAUUGAGACUGGAAGAAAAGCAUUUUCGCUUAUAGCAAAGUAAAGGGUUCUUUACCAUAAGAACAAUAAAGAUAUGGAAUACUCUGCCUAAAGAGGCAUUUAUUUUUUAAAUUUCUAUAGAAUCUGAUAUUUAUAAAAGUUGUUGAUCCAAGAAGAAAUCUGAUUGCCAUUAUGGAUUGAAGAAGUUUUUUUAUUUCCUUUUUGUGGCAUAAUUGGAAAUGGCUACAAUUGGUUUUUUUGCUUUCUCUUGGAUCAACAGCAUAAAAGAACGGACUUCAGGGUUUAACUUGAUGGGCUUUAGUCUCUUUUUAACCUGGACAGCAACACGUUAAUAAUAGUUAUACCAAAUUCUUAAGCUAAAUACAAUUGUGUUUUUUGACAUGACUGAUACACUUAAAAGUUCACAUGGUCACCAAUAUAUAUACUACACUGUGAUUUUUAUAUAUUACAUUUUCUAGCUCAAUGAAUACACUAUAUCAGAAAAAAAUAUAGACAAUAGUUACUGGAUUUAAAUAUGGAUUUGUGUUUGACAGGUUGGAGACCUAGAAGGACCAUCAUAUUUGCGAGUUGGGAUGCUGAAGAAUUUGGACUGCUGGGAUCUACAGAAUGGGCUGAGGUAAUGCAUAGGACUGUGGAAAAUAUACGGGCUGAAGGAGUAUUUAUUAUGACAUGACAGAAUGUAAAUAAGGAGAACUGAUCAGAUUUCAACAGGAUACAUUCUAGAUUUAAGCAGGUCUUUUGAUAAGAGGCUUCAGUAGAACUAAUGAUCAUUUUGGAAAUUCACAUUGGACAUUGGACUCUAGAGUGAGGACAUAUUUGAAAGUUACUAGAAAAUCCAAGACAAACAAGGAAAACUUGUCGCAUUGGCGGUUGUUCGUGGUUCGCUACUGGGCAUUGGUGAAAAAUAUUCACUACAACGUUUUUAACAGUUGGCAUAUAUUGCUCUUAUCAUACAGACUAUUACUGUGGAAAAAGGUCAAAUGUUUAUAGUAACACUAAAGUAUAUAAUUUAAACACAAUAAUUAUGCAUAUUUAAAAGAGAUUGGUAAUUUUUGGUUUGUGAAUUUUGCAUUUUACAUUUUUAAAGCAUCUUCCUAAUUUUGGCUGGGUAAUACAAUGGUAAAAGUAUUCCAUCAACCAAAUGUUCUGCUUUCUUUUCCACAUCAGGUCAAAAUACAUUUUAUUGGCGAAUGCAUUCUAUAUAAGAAUGCAUGCCAAAGAUAUUUAAAAAUAGCAAUUUUUUUUUUUUUUUUUACAAAAAAAGAAAAAUUAUUUUAGCUACAGUCUAUAAAUAUCACAGACUAUCGUCUUGAUGUAUAUUUUUGGAUACGUUUUAUUUAAUAUUUAUGGAUAAACUAUUAUUUAAUAUGAAAAUAUUAGAAAUAUAUUUUUUGAACAGAGUAUUAGAGGAUAUUUCGUAUUUAUUAAAAUAAAACUGAACAGAUCAUAAGUUGGGGUUUUUUUUCUAUAAUUUUGCAGUGCAGGUAAUUACAGACAAGCUUGUGAUUUCACAACAGCAUCGACAAGCGCUCGGUAUCAUACAUGUUGAUACAUAGGUAUGACACGUAAAUACAUUACACUAUUUCAAAGUAAAAUAAAGUGAUUUUAAACAAAAUAUUUUAGACAGGUCUAGAAUUAGCUCUAAAACAAAAUUUAAUAAACUGCAGGUUAUGCACAAGCAGGCGUUGAAUACUAGAGUAAAUGUGAAUUAGCAGAAGGCCUAAACCUGCACAUAUAGAUCAGAGGUAGAUUGAGCAUUGUAACAACUUACGUAGGUUAGAUUAUGCAAGGUUAGAUAACAAGGCUUGCAUAAAACCAAAUCAUCUAUAAUCAUGAACAACUACACAACAGGUAGCUCUUAGUGGUUAUAGCAAAGGCCCGAUGCAUGCGCCAAAAAUCAGAGGUAAAUCAAAAAACUAGUGGUCAUAUGCAUUUCGAACAUUAAAAAACAAAAUAAAAUAAAACCAGCUGCAAGUUAUUUACAAGAUACUUUACGGUAAAGUUAGACCCAGAAGCAGUUCGUGCCUUUCACCCCAGCCAGCUUUAGGGACAUUAUGAGUGAAUCCGAGGUGAGGUCAGAGAGGAAACCUGUGCAGGGUAUCGUCACGCUGUAAGGCAGCCACCAUUUUCCACACUCUGAACUUGAAUGAGGAUGUGGAGCUUUGGGUGCCCUCCAUGAUGAGAUACUCGCUGCCGCAGCCUGACCCUGUGGUCGUGAAGGUCACCACGGGUGCUUGGACGGACCACCUCUCCGCUGUCUGCUUAUCCCCUGCCUGCCUUGUGUCCGAUGGGGCCCACUUGGGUCCGCCUUAGGUGCUGUCGUGGUGUAGUUAGGCUGAUGAAGGGUAGGCUGCUUUGGUACUGUCUCAACUCUGACGCCAUUCGCCCGCCUCUUUUGCAGUCACAACCAAAACGCUGAUCAAAGCAGGCUAGCAGUCUGCUACAGUGGUGUGUGAGAUCAGUACAGGAGCUGUCUUAAUGAUAGCAGUCGCCAUCUUAGGUAAGUUGAAUUGCAUUCGUUUCUCGUGCCUGUUGCCAUACACCAUGGCCUGUUUAGAUCCAGGCUUGGAGUAAUGCUGUGUUGGACCAGGAUAAUCCCCACCGUUCCAAAAGGGGGGGGGGGGGAGGGUCUGCGAAACCAUGCAGGACUUAGAAGCUGGAAGACCGGCCAUGUCUCCUGCCACGCAUCACUGCUAGGCCGCUAGAUGGACCUGCUACUACGAGUGCCUCCGAAGAGUUCACUAUGCAUCAACUCUGUUUCCACUAAGAGCACUAUGGAGAGGGUAAGUAAGGUACCCAGUAAACUUGGGUAAGUCGCAGUAUUGUUAAGAGCUCCUGGUGGAUGCAACUACAGUGUUUAAGCUCUGCCCCAUAUGUUGUAUUUUUUUGUUUUUUUAUCACGAUCACAUUAUUUAAAAAAAAAAAAUGCUUUUAUUUAGGGGAGAGGGGGAAAAAGAGAGAGAAAGAAAGCUAGUGAUUUCAGCAUCUGGGUGAUUGUUACUUAUCCAGUAAAGAUUGUUUGCUUAUAAAAAAAAAAAGUCUAGGAAUAUAAAAUGAUAGAAUUUUAGCAUGUAAUGUGUUUUCACAGGAAAAUGUAAAAAUACUACAGGAACGGGCAGUCGCUUACAUCAAUGCAGACUCAUCCGUGGAAGGUAUGAAGAACUUUAAUAUUGAAUAAAAUGUUAUGCAUUUGGGUAUCUAUAUUCUUAACACAGACUUUUGUUAAUGGAGCAAUAUAACCAGUACAGUUUAUUGUGUCUACGUUGCCUAGAAUGCCCAUAGUUUAAUGUUAAUUUGUUAAAGAAUUGUUUCUUAACAAAUAGUAGAUACUCUCAGAGCCUGGAGACCGCCUAUCCUCUCCUGCACUGAUCAUAUGGAAUUAAAACUUCAACAUUAUCGGUGUCAUUUUUGUCCAACCUGGUGAUUGGUUGAGAAUGGAGGCAGGUCAGCUCAGCAGUUUCAGCCAAUCAAUGCCAUCCAAGCUGAACAAAACUGACACUGAAAAUGUGUAAGUGCUAAUACUUAAUUAGUAAUCAAGCCAAGGAAUUGUGGUCUGCAGUCUCGAGGGACAGAUUCUUUUAUUUCCAUAUCAGUAAAUUUAAAUAUGAUUUACAUAUAAUUUACAUAUUAAAAUAUCAGUCCAUUCCAGUAUCCCCUUCUCCCAGCUUACCAUUUCCCCUUCACGGUUUUUCUAUCUCUCCCACCUACCUUUUCGCCUGUGGGAAAAAAAAUGUGUUAAACAAUAUCAUAUCAUAUUUUUGUUUCUUUGCUCAAAUCCAUGCAAGUUUUUACAUCACAACGAGCGGCUUUACUUAUAAAACAAGACUCGAUAUUCUUUUCAUUAUCUGUUUAUUUUAUUUUUUUAGGAAACUACACAUUGAGAGUUGAUUGCACACCUUUAAUGUACCAGUUGGUCUACCGCUUGACAAAAGAGGUAUUUGUUUACCUUCUCCAUUCCACCCAAGUGUCCCUAUUUAGGAAGAAAAGUCCCUAUUUUGGGUCCAGAUCUACCUGUCCCUUUUUUAUCCUAAUCUAACUGUAACGGAAACCGCUGGCACCCCGACCGGGUACCUUCCGCCGACGGAUGCUCCUAGUGCUUUCUGAGGACUAAGCACUCUGCCUGACACCAUAACCACUGCAGACCCCACGAACCGCCGCAGCUUGGUUGGGAUCUCGCCGUCUCCACCCACUCUGGACCCAGGACCAGGGUCCAGCUUCCAGCAGGUCGACCUCUCUCCGAAUUCCAGAGAGCAGGAACAAGCUCUUAGCAGAGCUUAGUGAUCAUACCCUGGGGAGUAUAGUGAUUAUAGCAAUCCCCAGAGUGUAGUUUCUCCAAUCCCCCAAACAUGAGCCGAAACUUCAUGAAGGUACAAGAUGAUCUGACUCCAAUGAGCGUUUAUUACUCCUUAUAUACAAGUUUUCAGGUCAGAGGCACACACCCUGGACCUGGUGGUAAACUGUGACAAAAGGGACACAAACCAAUGGGAACACUAAUUAACAUAACACUCUCACAUACACAAUGAAAUCCCUCCUCUCCAUCCUGGAGAUAAUUGGCUUAAGGCACUGCAGUAAACUCCAUUAUCUCCAGGUACAGAAAAUAUCUACAUUUAACACUAACAGCAAAAUACGUAAAAGUACAUAAAAAUACAUAAUUCUUAUUUUAUUACACAGAACCCCCACAUUUAACCUAUCCCCAGAUAGCUCGGAUCUGAGCGCCCAAUCUAGGUGAACAGCGCUCAGAUCCCAUGAACAGAGUAGAUUUUCCACGGGGUAAAGCAUAGCAAGGGCUGUUGAGAAACCAAGGAGGGACAAAAGCAGUCAGUUCCAACUAGUUUGGCAGUGUGCCUGGGACAACGCCCUGCUGGAGAACAAUAGACAGGAAAUGGGGGAGGGGAAGAAACACACCUUCCCAUGGAUUCAAAUGGGAAGAAACUGUCUUAGGGAGCCAAUAAGCCCCAAAUAGUCUUUUUAAAUGGCAAUACACCCCAGGGCCAUAGUCAUGAGGAAGGAGGCUGGCAAUCAGGCUCCUCCAAAAGCCGGGGGCAAAGGGCAGCUUGUCACCUAACAAUCCAGGGACAAAAGGCAUUUCGUCACACAUCUCCCCUUUGGGGGGGAGACUAACCAGGUACCUGACCUGUCGGUCAGUGCCUGAGUUAGUCGUUAAACCCACCCACAGUGAACAAGUACAUGAGUAGCCCACCCACAAAUAACAAGUGGCAAAGUAGCCCCCCCACAAUAAACAGUACUGGCUGGUAGGUUCCAGGUUGUAGGAUAAAAAUGCAGCAUCCUCGGCCUUCCUGGUGCAGCUGGGCAAAUAGCUGGUGGUACUUGGGGGGCAAAGGCCAGCGGUGCUCUGCCCUGAUGUCAGCUCUUGCGCUGGGAUAGCCGGCAGAAUGUCAAGCUCUGUACAAGGGUCAAAGGGAGGGCAGAGGCCAACUGCACUCUGCCCAGCUGCCAGCUCUUCCGCUGGUAUAGGCUGCAGGACAUCAGGCUCUGGACAAGGGACACAGGGAGGGCAGAGGCCGACUGUACUCUGCCCAGCUGUCAGCUCUUCUGCUGGGGUGCUGGGAACAUAGUCCGGCUCAGUAGCCAGGGGAACAUGGGAGUCAGUGGGGGUUAACAUCUCCUCUGUUAACCCUGGGGCCAAGUUAGGAGUUAGCUGGGGUGGGGAAUUCGUACUUACCCCCUCCUCCUGUUGUCCCUGUGAGGGUAGUUGGGGAUCUGGACAGGCUGUCCAGCAUCCCUGUAGGUCGGGCACGGAGACCACGGUCCCCUCUGCGCCAUCUGGGAGAAUGGUGUCUCCCCUUGGUAGGGUAAGCUGCCGCUGGGGAGAUAGGGUGCUGUGCUCCUCUCCCUGAAACACAGUCUGCCGCUGGAGAGGGAGACCGCCUGUCUCCACUCCCAUAACAUUGUCCUGCUGCUGGAGAGAGAGACCAACUGUCUCUGCUCCCGGUAGGACACACUGCUGCUGGGGGGGGAAGGACGACACCUUCGGCCCCCUGGAAUUCACACUGCCGCUGGGGAGGAUGGGCGACACCUUCGGCUCCCUGUAAUUCACACUGCUGCUGGGGAGGAAGGACGACCCCUUCAGCUCCCUGUAAUUCACACUGCCGCUGGGGAGGAAGGACGACACCUUCGGCUCCCUGUAACUUGCACUGCCGCUGGGGCGAGAGACCGGUUGUCUCUUCUCCCUUGUCAACACACUGCCGCUGGGGAGUCAGACCGACUGUCUCAACUCCCAGUGAUGAUGGUUGCUGCAGGGACGAGGGACCGACAAUCUCCUCUCUCUGGGAUGCUGUCUGCCGCUGGGGAGAGAGACCGGUUGUCUCCUCUCCCUUGACAAUCCACUGCCGCUGGGGAGUCAGAGCGACUGUCUCAACUCCCAGUGAUGAUGGUUGCUGCAGGGACGAGGGACCGACAAUCUCCUCGCCCUGGGAUGCUGUCUGUCGCUGGGGAGAGAGAUCAAUUGGCCACAGCCCCAAUCUCCGCAAUCGGAGCUCAAAUUCCCAUGCCGCUCGAUUCUCCUCAUCCAACUUGCGCAUGGUUGCCAGAAUCGCCUCUGUCGAAAGAUUCGGGCCAUAUCUGGUUAACCGCCUCUUGACCUCCUCCCUGUAAGCGUCGCCCUCAAAGCGAUAGGUCAUGUUUGCUGUGAACAGGGGCGCUGUACGAAUACUAGCGUUGCCCUCAAAUUGUAAUUCCAAAUGUUACCGGUGCCUCUGCGCUGCUUUUCCUGGCACUAGGACACCAUCCCACCACUGUAACGGAACCGCUGGCACCCCGACCGGGUACCUUCCGCCGACGGAUGCUCCUAGUGCUUUCCGAGGACUCUAAGCAUUCUGCCUGACACCAUAACCACUGCAGACCCCACGAACCGCCGCAGCUUGGUUGGGAUCUCACCGUCUCCACCCACUCUGGACCCAGGACCAGGGUCCAGCUUCCAGCAGGUCGACCUCUCUCCGAAUUCCAGAGAGCAGGAACAGGAACAAGCUCUUAGCAGAGCUUAGUGAUUAUACCCUGGGGAGUAUAGUGAUUAUAGCAAUCCCCAGAGUGUAGUUUCUCCAAUCCCCCAAACAUGAGCCGAAACUUCAUGAAGGUACAAGAUGAUCUGACUCCAAUGAGCGUUUAUUACUCCUUAUAUACAAGUUUUCAGGUUAGAGGCACACCCCCUGGACCUGGUGGUAAACUGUGACAAAAGGGACACAAACCAAUGGGAACACUAAUUAACAUAACACUCUCACAUACACAAUGAAAUCCCUCCUCUCCAUCCUGGAGAUAAUUGGCUUAAGGCAUUGCAGUAAACUCAAUUAUCUCCAGGUACAGAAAAUAUCUACAUUUAACACUAACAGCAAAAUACGUAAAAGUACAUAAAAAUACAUAAUUCUUAUUUUAUUACACAGAACCCCCACAUUUAACCUAUCCCCAGAUAGCUCGGAUCUGAGCGCCCAAUCUAGGUGAACAGCGCUCAGAUCCCAUGAACAGAGUAGAUUUUCCACGGGGUAAAGCAUAGCAAGGGCUGUUGAGAAACCAAGGAGGGACAAAAGCAGUCAGUUCCAACUGGUUUGGCAGUGUGCCUGGGACAACGCCCUGCUGGAGAACAAUAGACAGGAAACGGGGGAGGGGAAGAAACACACCUUCCCAUGGAUUCAAAUGGGAAGAAACUGUCUUUAGAAGCCAAUAAGCCCCAAAUAGUCUUUUUAAAUGGCAAUACACCCCAGGGCCAUAGUCAUGAGGAAGGAGGCUGGCAAUCAGGCUCCUCCAAACGCCGGGGGCAAAGGGCAGCUUGUCACCUAACAAUCCAGGGACAAAAGGCAUUUCGUCACACUAACAUCUUAGGAGCUUUUAUGGAGCACCAUAUUGUUGGUGUAUAACAGAGCUGCACAGUAAUGUAUCUUUAACCUAUAAUUGAUUUUUUUUUUUUAUAAAUCUGCCUGUAUAAAUAAAACAUUAUUCUUGUUUUAAAUGACAUUUUACGUGCCUAUUCGUGCAUUAUUAGUGAGUUUCCUAAAUGUUUUUACAAGCAGCAAAAAUAAAGAAGUAUACAAUCAAAUCCACCUAUAUCCGGUAUGUUAUGCAAAAUGAGAAAUGUAUUUUGGAGACAUAAGAAAACUAUAUAUUUUGUGUUCACAUUAAGGCUUCAAUUUAAUAUUUUGGAUUAAUUUAUGAAAAAAUAUCAAUUUAUCAAGAAAUAUCAUAUUACAAUUUUUUAGAAAAGUAAAUCAACUUUAAAAGUAUAUCCAAAACUAUUAAAUCAUUUGAAAUGCUUAUCCAAUAGUAUUAAAUCAAGGUCUACGCAUUGUGAAUUUUAGAGUAACUUUUUAUUUUCUUGUUUGUUUAUUUUCUCUAUGUAACUGCUGUAUAAAAGUAUUCUGUUAUCUGCUUUCCCACCAGUACGAAUAAUGAUGUAGCAUGAAUAUUUCUUGAUCUAGAUUGAGAGUCCAGACACAGGAUUUGAAGGCAAAUCUCUCUAUGAAAGCUGGCACCAAAAAGAUAAUUGGACAGAAUACAAAGAUUCACCGAGGUGAUUGAUCAGUGGAAACUUUCACUUGGCUCUGAACGUUCAUGCUGCUAACUGUAAAUGCCAGGUUUAAAGUCUAAAUGUAGGCUAGUACAUAUAGUCUGUUACAAAACCGCCCUGUCCCAAGACGCCUACAAACCAGAUUUUGGCUUCUAAGAAAGUAAGUGGUUCAUCCACUAAACAGUGAAUUGUCUUGAACUGAAAAGCAAACAGGAAAAAAUCUUCAGGCACUCACAGAAUUAAAGCCACAGGCAGAUUUUUUGGAUCAAAAAGGCAAAGCAACGUUUCGACCUACUAAGAAGUCUUUAUCAAGGUUUUUAGAUAAUAAAGCUUGAUAAAGAACUUAGUAGGUCGAAACGUUGCUUUGCCUUGCCUUUUUGAUCCAAAAAAAUCUGCCUGUGGCUUUAAUUCCGUGAGUGCCUGAAGAUUUUUUUCCUGUUUUAUUUUUUAACUGAAAAGCAAAGACAAUGUGGCCAAACAAAGCUAAAAUCACUAAAUGACGUGAAGAUUUUUUCCCAACUCUAUAUUUUCGUAUUAUCCCUGUUUAGUUUAAACCCCAUAUAUGUGCUAAAAAAGUAAUGCAAUGUGGAUAAAUGAAGGCAUGGGACAGAAGACUUCAAGAAUAACAAUUAGUAUAGUAACACAAAUAAUAUCAAAGUAGAUAAAAUAUGAAUUUAGUUUUUCAAUAAAUUUCAAAUACAUCUCAAUGUUAUAUGUAGCGGAGCGGCAAUAUUAAAUCCCACGAUCUCCACUUGUAAAGAAGGUAAUCCACAGUCAAGCGCUGAAAAGUAAGGCAAUAUCCCAAAUCCCCCAGUAACCGGACGAGACACAGUUCUGGGAGUCAACUGAGGUUUUUAUUCACAGCAUCCAGUAUUUAUGCAAGUCCCCAUGCAAGGGGUUUCACUACCGACCUAGCAGGGGUAAUACAGUAGGGGACUACAUAGGGGACUUAACAUUCUGGGCCUUUCUCCCAUCAGGCACUGCUGCACGAGAGGGAUACUCCCACUAGAAUAUACCGUUAAGUGGAUUAUCCUUCCGUGCAGCAGAACUGGCAUUUUACAUUUAAAUCUAUAACUUUAACAAUAUUCAGUUUAUUUAAACGAAUGGACGUUCGGUAGAUAGCUGGGGUCUGAGUGCACAGUUCGUGGGAAUACCGCUCAGAUCCCAGCUAAAACAACCGAACGCUGCAUGAAAUACACUUUGCCAUUGAGUUCGCCCCAAAGUACAGAACACCGAUGGGGGAACCCUAAUAGCGAAAGACCGGAGCUCCCGAAUGGCCUGGAAGUCCAGCGGUGUUCGCGGCGUCAAGUAGCCAUUUUUAGCUCCACGCGCUCGACGACCAAACACCGCUGGGGAGACAAAGGAUCCAAGAUGGCCGACCGCCGCGUGGUCGGUAGCUGAACGACGGCCACCUAGGAAAGCCUCUAAUUAACGAACGCCACACGUCCUUCUCUGUGUGGGCUAUUGGGGGUAGCUCAUUCGGUUCACGAACAGCCUGUAAAGUGGCUGUUCGUGAAACGAAACACAUAAAUGCUAUCAGCUUUCGGCUGCUAGCAUACGAAUGCAAUAUAUACAUACAGUAAUACACAUGUUACAGCCAAGUUACAUCAGACAGUACACAAAUUAUUAUAGGCAACCUUUUCUGUGCAUAGUCCAGAAUAUUAUAAGUGGCUAGGUUUGCCACAUUAUAAUUACCCAGUUUAAUCAUUCUUAUAAUAUUGACCUUGAGAGGUGCCAGGAAUGGAAUGUUCUAAAACCUUCUGAGACAUAGUAUCCAUUUUCCCAUCUCUGAUUACAUAUUUUAAAAUCAAGGGUUUGUGUUCUGUUGUCUUGUUUGGGAACCAAGGUAAUCAAUGUCCAUAGGUAGGCAGAUUUCUCAUCCACUAGUCCGUGAUGCCCAGACUUACCCUGUCAGUGGCAUCUUUAGCCACAGGCACUGUUGGGUAACAAGAAACUUACUAGCACAUUGGGACAUCUGAGACUCUGCAAGAAGUCAAGGAUGAAAUCACAUUACAGUGUUUCAGUGCCCCUUCCAAAGAGCUCAGGUCUACUUUACCUUUUACAACUAUUAUGAACCUAUAUAUUUAAACCUGCAGACUACAUAGUAACUGUAGAACAGUUCUGGUGUACCUAAUAUACCACACAGGAGAGAGGGAGACAGACUAGCACUAAGCUGCUCGAAAACUGGUAAUGAUAGGGAUUCACUAAAAACCUAUAUAGAACAAGGGAAAAGAACUCUCUAGAAGAGUGGGAAUACCAGGAGCUGGCUAGGUGACUAAUGGCUAAAAUACUAAUACAUAGAGAUAAAUAUAAAAAAAAAAAAAGAAAUAUAUAAAUAUAAAAAUAUAUAUAUGGUACUAUGCCUUUAAAUCUGGAAUGGACAAAGUAUCCCUAUAAAUGUGCAAAAAUGUGAGUAAAAGUGCUAUGAGUGGAGAUCUCAAAUAAACGGGAUAUCCCUUUAAAUGUGCAAGAAUACAAAGAGAAUGCUGCUAUACCUUUAAAUGUCCUUUAAGAGUGUGCAAACAUGCAAAGCAGUGCUAUAUAAGGGGGGUAAAAAAAAAUAAAAAAAAAAAAAAAGGUAUAUAUAUAUAUAUAUAUAUAUAUAUAAAUAAAAUACAAAAAUGCAAAAAGGGGAAAGAUGAGAGACCAAAUUCUCUGCUGGAUGACCAAAAAAUAUGUAUGAAACUGGUGUCUAUAUCCCAAACAACAUGAGGGAUAAAUGAUACCUGUUGCAAAUAAUAUACUUAGUAAAAGAUAGAAGUAAAAAAUAAGCUAUACAGUACAAGGAACUGUUAGCUUUAGGCAAUAAAAAUGAAAACAAUAUAUCGCUGGAAAACUGAAGCAUAAAACUGGAUCACUUCAUAUAAGAAAAAAAUGCCAGUUUAUUGAAUAUAAUAAAAUAACUUUGGAAAAAGUUAAAUAUAAAAAUACAGGUCACACUAGAUUCAGAAAUGCAUUACCAGACUGAAGCAUUGAAAAAUAACAGCAAGGACCUUCAGAUUGUUAAGGAUGGAUAUGGAUUGUGAUGAUUCAAUAUACAGCUGCCGGUGAGGAUGGCUUGUGUCUGUGAGCACGUCCCGAGCAGGAGCCUCACUUCAGGGGACGUGCAGGACAGAUGCCUCCGGUGGCGGUACUUUCCAAACAGGUCCUGCGUGUGCAGAUUAGUGGUGCUGCUGGUACAUGCGUCUGAUCCCGUGUGUUGCUGGAAUGCCUGUCUUACGCGUUUCGUAGGGAAUGGGCCCUACUUCAUCAGAGACAUAAUAGUGUCUAGUGCUUCAGUUCUUCUUUAUAUACAUUGCCUAAUUAUCAAUCACAUUUAGGUGUUCAAACCAAUAUAUUCUAUACUAAUAAAAACAGUAUUUGUACCUGCAUAAAAUGAUACAUACAUAUACAUAAAAUGCAAAUCAUUGCCACUAGGGUAAAAACAAUAUUUAUAAAGUCUCAUAAAAUGUAGACAGAUACAUAAGACCGGUAAAUGUAAAAAUACAUAAAAGCAAUAUAUGAAUGUUCCAAAUGGAAGGAACAUAUUUAAUGAAUCAAUUAGAGAUAAUGAAAUGCUGGACAUAAAUUGGUAUAUAUACAUGAAGAUGGAUAAAAUCAUAAUAGUAUAUUGACUACAUAUGGAUAACCAAUACUAGAUAGGUACCAUAUAGGUAUAGUGUCAAUCCAUCCUUCUAGGAGAAAACAGGAGAACAAAUAAUAGUUAAUAUAUACAAAAUAGAUAAUAAAUAAAUAAAUGAAUAAUCCCUGGUGGUAGUCUGUAACUAUAAAUAAAGGUGGAAGAAAAAAAAAAAAAUAAAUAAAAUAAAUAAAUAAAUAAAUAAAUAAAUAAAUAAUAAUAAAUAAAUAAAAUAAAAUAAUAAAGAUAUAUUAUAGGAAAGCAUUAAGCUCAAAAUCUACAUUAAGUCCCUUAGGGACCAAAGUCCCUAACUUAAAAAUCCACUUCGCUUCUGUCUGAUCUAGAGCCUUAUCAAUGCUGCCUCCUCUCCAGUGGGUAUUCACUUUCUCAAUAGGCAUAAAUGCAAGUCCUGUGGGGUCUCCCCCAUGUAUCUCUUUAAAGUGCUUGGAAAGAUUAUGCGUUGGAAGUCCCUUCUUAAUAUUUCUAAUGUGUUCAGCAAUACGUAUUUUGAGGGGUCUUUUUGUACGUCCAAUAUAUUGUUGUGGGCAUGGACAUGUUAUUAAAUAGAUAACUCCUGAUGUAGUACAGUCCAUGUUGGUCUUGAUAUCAUAUUCCUCUUGAGUGGUGUGGGAUUUAAAUCCAGUGGUUGUGUCUUCUAAUGAUGGAUUAUUUCUACAUGCUAGACACUUCUUGCAUCUUGUGAAGCCACUGAUGGUACCUUGAUCCAAAUCAGCACUUUCAGGUUUAGUGGUCGGUGCCAGCAUAAGUUGCAGGUUGGGUGCCCUAGUAAAAAUAAUCUGAGGUUGAUUGUCGAGGAAUUUAGAUAACGUUGGAUCAUUCUUAAGGAUCCCCCAGUGCUUCCUAAGUGUCUUCUGUAUUGUAUGAAAUUGAUGAUUAUAUUUAGUGAUAAAGGUGGGUGCUGAAUUGGAUACUUCUGUGGUGCUGGGUUUAUUGCAUAAGGUAUCCUCUCUUGGGGUGGUAAGUGCUAUAUCCAUAGAUUCUUCUAAUAGCGUUGGGGGAUAACCCUUUUUCAGGAAUCUCUGCUUCAUUUCUUCCAUUUGUGACUUACACACUUCAUUAUUCGAGCAGUUGCGUCUUACCCUCCUGAACUGGUUCUGAGGUAUGUUUCUUAACCAUGUUGACUUGUGAUGACUGUUAAAAGGAAUAAAACUAUUACAGUCCACAUUCUUCUUAAAAGUCUUGGUGUUGAUUUGUCCCUCUUUGAUAUAGAUAUCCAGAUCUAAAAAUUCAAUGUGUUCUUUAGAGUGGUUAAAAGUAAAGUUCAGAUGAUAUGGGUUGUUGUUAAGAUAAGUUUUAAAACUCUCUAAGGAUCCAAGGUCUCCUUUCCAUAUAAAGAAGCAAUCGUCGAUAUAUCUGAGCCACAGGGACAGAUUUGCGCCAAAUGGGCAAUGGGUCCAUAUAUAUUCUUCUUCCCAUUUGCCCAUAAAUAAAUUAGCGUAACUUGGCGCAAAUCGUGUCCCCAUGGCUGUGCCUUCAAUCUGUAGAUAAAAUAAGUCAUCACACCAAAAAUAAUUAUGUGUGAGAAUAAAAACGAUACACUGAAUGAGGAAAUCAAUUUGGUCAUUUUUUAAAUCGGAAUAUGUUGCUAGGGAGAAUUGUGUGGCCUCACAUCCUUGGAGGUGUUCAAUUACUGUAUAGAGAGAGGUAACAUCAGCAGUGACUAAAAUCAUCUCAUCUUCCCACUUAAAAUCAGAUAAAAUGUUUAAAACUUGAGUGGAAUCUCUGAGGUAGGAUUUUAAACAGGAGACCAAACGUUGCAAAUAUUGGUCAACGUAUUCAGAAAGGUUUGAGGUGAGGGAUCCAAUUCCUGAUACGAUUGGCCUUCCAGGAGGUUUCACCAGUCUCUUAUGUAUUUUUGGUAGAUGGUAGAAUACCGGUAUCCUUGGGUAUUGGACAUACAGAUAUUUGUAUUCUCUUUCAUUUAAAAUCCCUCUAUCCUUUCCGUAAUUCAGUAUUUCCUUAAGUUCGUCUUGAUAUUGGAUAGUGGGAUCACCUUUCAAUUGCAGAUACAUAUUGGUGUCUCCUAAUAAUCUCCGAUUUUCCUCCCCAUAAUCGCUGGUAUUGAGAAUAACCAAUCCACCACCUUUAUCCGCUGCUUUUAUUGUGAUGUCUUCAGAUCUCAUGAGUUGUUUGAGUGCAUUCCUUUCUUUUCUGGUCAAAUUAUCUUUCGUAAUUUUCUUGGUGAUUUUGCUCCUAAAGUCUUUCUCGACCAUUUUUUCAAAUACUCGAAUGGAGUCAUUUUUCAUGUGUUGUGGAUAAAAAGUGGAGGUUGGGUGUAGCCCAGUGUGAGUAUAAUCCAAAUCUGUUUCUUGUUUUGCCAUGUCUUUUUCAAGGAAGAAUUUCUUAAUUGAUAACUUCCGUAUAAAUUUGUGUAGAUCUAUAAAAACGUUAAAAUCUGAAUUCUUGGAUGUAGGAGCGAACAAAUCAACACCAAGACUUUUAAGAAGAAUGUGGACUGUAAUAGUUUUAUUCCUUUUAACAGUCAUCACAAGUCAACAUGGUUAAGAAACAUACCUCAGAACCAGUUCAGGAGGGUAAGACGCAACUGCUCGAAUAAUGAAGUGUGUAAGUCACAAAUGGAAGAAAUGAAGCAGAGAUUCCUGAAAAAGGGUUAUCCCCCAACGCUAUUAGAAGAAUCUAUGGAUAUAGCACUUACCACCCCAAGAGAGGAUACCUUAUGCAAUAAACCCAGCACCACAGAAGUAUCCAAUUCAGCACCCACCUUUAUCACUAAAUAUAAUCAUCAAUUUCAUACAAUACAGAAGACACUUAGGAAGCACUGGGGGAUCCUUAAGAAUGAUCCAACGUUAUCUAAAUUCCUCGACAAUCAACCUCAGAUUAUUUUUACUAGGGCACCCAACCUGCAACUUAUGCUGGCACCGACCACUAAACCUGAAAGUGCUGAUUUGGAUCAAGGUACCAUCAGUGGCUUCACAAGAUGCAAGAAGUGUCUAGCAUGUAGAAAUAAUCCAUCAUUAGAAGACACAACCACUGGAUUUAAAUCCCACACCACUCAAGAGGAAUAUGAUAUCAAGACCAACAUGGACUGUACUACAUCAGGAGUUAUCUAUUUAAUAACAUGUCCAUGCCCACAACAAUAUAUUGGACGUACAAAAAGACCCCUCAAAAUACGUAUUGCUGAACACAUUAGAAAUAUUAAGAAGGGACUUCCAACGCAUAAUCUUUCCAAGCACUUUAAAGAGAUACAUGGGGGAGACCCCACAGGACUUGCAUUUAUGCCUAUUGAGAAAGUGAAUACCCACUGGAGAGGAGGCAGCAUUGAUAAGGCUCUAGAUCAGACAGAAGCGAAGUGGAUUUUUAAGUUAGGGACUUUGGUCCCUAAGGGACUUAAUGUAGAUUUUGAGCUUAAUGCUUUCCUAUAAUAUAUCUUUAUUAUUUAUUUAUUUAUUUAUUAUUUUUUUUUUUUUUUUUUUUUUUUUUUUUUUUUUUUUUUUUUUUUUUUUUUUUUUUCCACCUUUAUUUAUAGUUACAGACUACCACCAGGGAUUAUUCAUUUAUUUAUUUAUUAUCUAUUUUGUAUAUAUUAACUAUUAUUUGUUCUCCUGUUUUCUCCUAGAAGGAUGGAUUGACACUAUACCUAUAUGGUACCUAUCUAGUAUUGGUUAUCCAUAUGUAGUCAAUAUACUAUUAUGAUUUUAUCCAUCUUCAUGUAUAUAUACCAAUUUAUGUCCAGCAUUUCAUUAUCUCUAAUUGAUUCAUUAAAUAUGUUCCUUCCAUUUGGAACAUUCAUAUAUUGCUUUUAUGUAUUUUUACAUUUACCGGUCUUAUGUAUCUGUCUACAUUUUAUGAGACUUUAUAAAUAUUGUUUUUACCCUAGUGGCAAUGAUUUGCAUUUUAUGUAUAUGUAUGUAUCAUUUUAUGCAGGUACAAAUACUGUUUUUAUUAGUAUAGAAUAUAUUGGUUUGAACACCUAAAUGUGAUUGAUAAUUAGGCAAUGUAUAUAAAGAAGAACUGAAGCACUAGACACUAUUAUGUCUCUGAUGAAGUAGGGCCCAUUCCCUACGAAACGCGUAAGACAGGCAUUCCAGCAACACACGGGAUCAGACGCAUGUACCAGCAGCACCACUAAUCUGCACACGCAGGACCUGUUUGGAAAGUACCGCCACCGGAGGCAUCUGUCCUGCACGUCCCCUGAAGUGAGGCUCCUGCUCGGGACGUGCUCACAGACACAAGCCAUCCUCACCGGCAGCUGUAUAUUGAAUCAUCACAAUCCAUAUCCAUCCUUAACAAUCUGAAGGUCCUUGCUGUUAUUUUUCAAUGCUUCAGUCUGGUAAUGCAUUUCUGAAUCUAGUGUGACCUGUAUUUUUAUAUUUAACUUUUUCCAAAGUUAUUUUAUUAUAUUCAAUAAACUGGCAUUUUUUUCUUAUAUGAAGUGAUCCAGUUUUAUGCUUCAGUUUUCCAGCGAUAUAUUGUUUUCAUUUUUAUUGCCUAAAGCUAACAGUUCCUUGUACUGUAUAGCUUAUUUUUUACUUCUAUCUUUUACUAAGUAUAUUAUUUGCAACAGGUAUCAUUUAUCCCUCAUGUUGUUUGGGAUAUAGACACCAGUUUCAUACAUAUUUUUUGGUCAUCCAGCAGAGAAUUUGGUCUCUCAUCUUUCCCCUUUUUGCAUUUUUGUAUUUUAUUUAUAUAUAUAUAUAUAUAUAUAUAUAUACCUUUUUUUUUUUUUUACCCCCCUUAUAUAGCACUGCUUUGCAUGUUUGCACACUCUUAAAGGACAUUUAAAGGUAUAGCAGCAUUCUCUUUGUAUUCUUGCACAUUUAAAGGGAUAUCCCGUUUAUUUGAGAUCUCCACUCAUAGCACUUUUACUCACAUUUUUGCACAUUUAUAGGGAUACUUUGUCCAUUCCAGAUUUAAAGGCAUAGUACCAUAUAUAUAUAUUUUUAUAUUUAUAUAUUUCUUUUUUUUUUUUAUAUUUAUCUCUAUGUAUUAGUAUUUUAGCCAUUAGUCACCUAGCCAGCUCCUGGUAUUCCCACUCUUCUAGAGAGUUCUUUUCCCUACAUAGUAACUGUAUUUACACAAUAACACUACAAUCGGAAAACAGAACUGCAAACAGUGAAAGGUUUUCUUCGUUAUUGUAUUUAGACAGAUUGCCUGGUUUAAAUAACUGAUUGCCUUUCAAAAGAAUAUUGAAUUGCUUAAGCAAAGAUAACCGAGCUGGAUUUAUUUUGGCCUACAUAACGCAUGUGAUUUUAAAUUGUAAGCUCAUUGGGCAGGGCUCACUUCGCCUACAUGGCAAAUAUAUUUUGUUAAAAUUAAUUUAUUAUCUUGUUUAACUAUUGUACUGCACUACAGAAUAUGUUGGCACUAUCUAAAUAAUUGGAAUUGAAAUUCACUACAAAUCGCUGUUUAGUAAAUAAUUCUGGAAUUUGCAACCCAGAGAGGUGAUGUCAUACCAUGAAUGCCAUUUAGACAGGCUUUAUACAAUAAUUAUUUUGACUGUUUUCUGGGGGAAGAUUGCAAAGGUUUUGUAACUUUGAAUAUAUCUUGUUUGUGAUGAAGACAAAGUUCCACUUACGUUUUUAAUAACAUAUCUCCUGCAAAGAUGCUAUAAGUAAUAUAGCUUAUAGCCGUUUUGUCUGUAAUAUGUUUUCGUCAACGUCUCUCAGCACGUUUUUUUUUAACUCUAAUUCUUGUUUAUUCUAAUCCCUUUUCUCUUGAUAAGAAUAAACAAGUUGGGCUCCGGAAACGAUUUUGAAGUGUUUUUCCAGCGGAUUGGCAUCGCUUCUGGCAGAGCGCGCUACACUAAAAAUAGGGUAUGUGUUUAUUGGAGCACCUGGUAAGUGGGAAGAAUGGAUCAUCUAUAACAGUUCUAGUGACUCAUAGAGCAGUUUUAUCAAGUGGCGUGUUAAAUAGCUGUUAUUGCAGGAAAACGUCACCCUGAAGAUUUAAAAACUGUAAUUGUCUUUUGAGAGAAGGUGUCAUUUGGCACAGUUUCGUAAAAGGAAAGUGAAAAGAUAGGAUUGGUUAUUUCUUUAAUCUCAUUGCACAAACACUAUAUUUAUUAUUGCAGUUUAAAAAAAAAACAAACAAAAAAAACUAAAUGUUUAAAAACUAACAACCUCUUGCCUGUAUCCUAAUACAUACUCCGACAUGCCAAUUCCAAAAUAACUUUAUUUUUUUAUUAUUACGUCUAAGAGCUUGUUUCCAACCAAUAACAGCAGUGAUGUCAUUAACAGAGAGUCGUUAGGGGCAGUUUCUAAUUACCAACUGGGUUUAAAUCUUGUUGCUAUUCUACCAGCUGACUGCCAAUAGCCCCUGUUUUUAAAGAUCCCGACCAUUCGCUAGUAAAACACAGAAACACACACACUGUGUUGGUUGUCACCAUAGCAACCACGCCUUGCUGGUAAAAAAUGCCUCACUCUGCACAUGCGCAUUUUACCCUGUGAUUGGCCUUAGCAGGAGAUGGUGGCAGUGUAUACAGCGUAUUAAACCCGCCCACCCCUCCAUCUGCCAAGGAAAACAGGACUGAGGGGAGAACUUGGACUCAGCAAUGGAACGGAGGUAAGUUUUUAGCGUUUUUUUUGUUUGUUUUUUUCUUUCUUUUUUUCCACACAUUUAGGAGGCCGCACCACAUCAGCAGGGGUUACUCUAACCAAAAUCUGCUUUUUGAAAAUGCAGUUUUUUUUUAUUUUUUUAUUUCUUGAGUAGUUCUAUAACAGUGUUAUUAAAAUGACAGCAAUUUCUGUUAUUUCCCCAUAAAAAGUGAAGAAAGUUGUCUCUUUCCAGUCUGCUUUCUAUCCAACAUUUCAUAUAAAAUUGUGAAUUAAUAGGAAUUUAAAGCAAAUUUCAAAAUGUAGCCAAAUAUAAAAUUUACUGUUGAGUUACUGACAAUUCGUGGUUUAAAAAAUAACCCUCACUCUAUCCCUUUGAUGGCUCAGCAUAAUUUAGAAUCUCCGGCCACAAUCUACUUUUAAACACUUGGGUGUCUGAAGGAAUAUUCAAGUUAUACAGGUAUUCCACGUUCUGAUUAAGGAAUGUUUGGAAGGCAGGUACGUAACAAGAAUUCAGACGGCCUCAGUGGUGCAUACCCAUGUGUCUCUGAAGAUACAACUCAUGGGAGAAGUUAUCCCCAAAGUUUUAUUUCCUAAAGUAGGUUAAUGGGUGUGUGCUCCCUGCAGCAAUUUUCUAUGGUGAGCUAUUGACAUUUCUCCUCCUGCAGAUUCACUCACAGGCUUAGACAUGUUUAUUAUUGUUUUAUCUUUUUAUUUUUAUUUUAUAUUUUGUUAUAAGUGUUUGCAGCUAUAAUUCACUAGCUUCCACCUGCUAUUUCACUAGCAUAGUGCUAUCUUAGGAAUUACAAUAUGGAAACUGAGCUCAGUUACUCUCAGUAACCAGCCUGCGAGUGGUGAAAGUAAAUAUCAGAAAUCUCUAAACAGACUUCCGAAUGCAUCUGAUUUUGUGUGUGUACUCGCGCCACGUGAUUAUUCAUUGAAAGGUUAUGUUAAUGAUUGCCAAUAUUAGUAUUUGCUAGAUUUUAGAAUCCUGAAGACGACUUUUUUUUUAUUAGUAGGCUGGUAAGGGCACUGUUGCAUUUGGACAUUAUCUGCUGAUCUUUGUUUUAUGAUGAGAAUUAUUAAAUUGCAGUUUUUUCUUUAUUUUCUAGAAAGAAGGAAGAUACAGCGGGUACCCGGUUUAUCACAGUGUUUAUGAGAUAUCUGAAAUUGUUGAUAAAUUUUAUGAUCCCCUAUAUAAAAAUCAUCUUGCUGUGGCAAAGGUUCGGGGAGGCCUAGUAUUUGAACUUGCAGAUUCCUUGGUUCUUCCUCUUGACGGUCAAGACUAUGCCGACCAGCUACUGAACUAUGCUACCGUUAUAUACAACUUGGCAAAGAAACACCCAGAAAAAUUGGCGGCAUAUAAUAUAUCAUUUGGUAUGUAGCAUAUAAUCCAAAUUACCAUUUAUACUAGAGAGUAUAGAACAGGGAGGUGUGACUAGGGCUGUAUAAAGAAAGCGAUUUAACUCCAAAAUUGCAGGGAAUUAAGCAGUGAGACUGCAGGGGUAUGAUCUAUACACCAAAACUGCUUCAUUAAGCUAAAGUUGUUUUGAUGCCUAUGGCAUCCGUUUAACAGUCUUCUUGUCUGCCAAUAAUUCAGUUACUAAUAGUGAGAUGAUGUAGCAUUGAAACAGUGACUUCUACUUUACCAAGUCUCAGCUGGUCAUUAAAACUUGCCACUAACUUUAGAAACAAGACCUAAAUUGUAGGCAUGUGCAAGGGAAAAUGGUUUUGUUCG